AUGUCUCUCCCCCAGCUCUUGAAUGGCAAAGUCGCCGCCAUUACCGGCGGGCUGACCGGAAUUGGUCGCGCGAUCGCCCUCGAAUACCUCCGACACGGCGCCUACGUCGCCGUCAACCACCUCGGUGGCUCCAACGACGAGCCCCUUCUGACCGCCAUGAAAAAGGACGUCUCAGAGCUCCUACAACAAACCUCCCAAACAGACAAAGAGCGCUUCAUCACCGUAUCAGGGGACAUCUCCAAGCCCGAGACAGGGACGGAAUUCAUCGAGAAAACUGUGCAAGCGUUCGGAAGACUCGAUGUGUUCGUAAGUAAUGCGGGUGUUUGCCGCUUUGAGGAGUUCCUCGAUGUAACCCCCCAGCUCCUCAACCACACCAUAACCACCAACCUGACCGGCGCUUUCUACGCCGUGCAAGCCGCCGCCAGGCAAAUGGCCUUCUCGCAAUCUCCGCCCGGGGGCUCAAUAAUCGGUAUAUCGAGUAUCUCUGCACUCGUGGGCGGCGGGCAGCAAACGCACUACACACCUACAAAAGCAGGUGUAUUAUCGCUGAUGCAGUCAACGGCCGUGGCGUUAGGGAAGUAUGGGAUUCGAUGCAAUGCGCUUCUGCCGGGGACAAUCCGCACACAGCUGAAUGAUGAGGAUAUGAGUGAUCCAGUUAAAAGAAAGUAUAUGGAGGGGAGGAUUCCGUUGGGGAGAUUGGGCCAGCCACCGGAUCUGGCAGGACCAGCGGUGUUUUUGGCGUGUGAGGGGCUGAGUGGUUACGUUAUAUUGGUGGAUGGAGGGCUAUUUGUGAAUCUUCAGUGA